UUCUUUCUCUCUUUCCAAAUAUUACAAUUAUCACCAUUCUUCAGCUAAUAAAGUCCAGGAUAUUUGAUAUGAAAGAAGGCUUUAGGUCAAUAGAAAUUGAACCUAGAGAAGCUCAGAUUGAUUUCAUUGGUCCAGCAAGAUCAGAGAAUUCAAGAGAGCCAACGACGUUAUUAAAGGGUGAAGUACGAAUAAAGCUUGUAAAGGCAGUAAAGAUUCGGAAUAUGUACAUCAAAUUCAAAGGAUUCAGUCAGAUCACAUUACCCAAUAAUACCAUAUCUGUACCUUUAUUACCUAAACUCAAGCUCAUGCUGUCGGGUAAAGCAACUUUGCCAGCUGGGGACCAUGUUAUACCUUGGGAGAUGGAUAUACCAAACAUAUACCCUCGAAGCCUAUUGACAAAACGCGCAAGUAUUACUUAUAAAGUCAUCUUGUCUAUAUCAACUGGGUUAACAAAAGUUAUUACCACUGAAUAUCCAAUCAUCAUAUACCGACAUCUAUUACCUUAUAAAGAAUUAGCGCCCAUCAUAGAAACAAAGAUCACCCAAAGAACAAUACCUGGUAAAUUUCACUACGAGAUUGAUGCACCACAGAUCAUCUGUCUCGAACAAGAAUUUGUUCCCAUGGCUAUUAAAUACGUUAGCUUUACUAAUCAUAGACAUGUUCAAUCUAUACGAACUCGUUUAGUUCAGAUCGAAUUUUAUAGGUAAGAAUAAAGAAACAAUCAAAGCGACACUUCUGACUUGUAGUAAAAGGCGGCAAUCACCUUCCAAGUCACAAACAGACUUAUCUUCCUAUAAUGUGGACUCACUUGUGUUUGAUCUUGAUCAAAAACUAGUUCAGUCCAGAUAUUUAAAGGACUCACAUGCAAAGUAU